UGAGCUGCACCUGUCUGGCACUGUAUACAGGACACUGUUACCUGUUCUCCCUCCUGUCUUUCCAGGUGUUUGUCAGUAAAGAUGUCGCCAAAUAUCUGGGUUUUAACUCUGCAGCCGAGGCUGUUACUGGACUGUACCCACGUGUGCAGCAGGGCGCGUACCUGGUCUGUGCGUGGGCUGAGCAAGGAGCUGACGCUCUAGGUCCUGAUGGACGCGUUAUUCAUUCCCCCUCCUUUCCACCUGAGGCCAUUGUGGACACACUGGGGGCUGGAGAUACAUUCAACGCUUCCGUCAUAUUCGCUUUGUCUAAAGGUCAGACAAUGCAGGAGGCGCUUACAUUUGGCUGCCGCAUAGCGGGCAAGAAGUGCGGAAUACAAGGCUACGAUGGGAUUGUCUCAUGAUGGAACGUCAUCCGGUAUGCAGGACGGAGACACGAUGUGUAGGGGCCACACAGUAAUGUUAUUACCUCUCGCUAUAAAUACAACUAGAACUUCUCUGUAGUCACCACUGUAAUCCAUUUAUAAUAAAUGAUUCUAGAUUCUAA